CCCGCCGCCGCCCGCUUCCUGCCGCGUCCGCGCGCCCGCCCCGCCCGAGCAGCGGCCGCAGCCCCGGCCGGGCCCAGCGGGGAGAUGAACACGGUGCUGUCCCGGGCCAACUCGCUCUUCGCCUUCUCGCUGAGCGUGAUGGCGGCGCUCACCUUCGGCUGCUUCAUCACCACCGCCUUCAAGGAGCGCAGUGUGCCCGUCCGCAUCGCCGUCUCCCGGGUCACGCUAAAAAAUGUAGAAGAUUUCACUGGACCUAGAGAAAGAAGUGAUCUGGGAUUCGUCACAUUUGAUAUUACUGCAGAUCUGCAGAGUAUAUUUGAUUGGAAUGUUAAACAAUUGUUUCUAUAUUUGUCUGCAGAAUAUUCAACGAAAAACAAUGCCCUAAAUCAGGUGGUCCUUUGGGACAAGAUCAUGUUGAGAGGAGAUAACCCGAGGCUGUCCUUAAAAGACAUGAAGUCAAAAUACUUUUUCUUUGAUGAUGGAAAUGGUCUCAAGGGAAACAGGAAUAUCACCUUGACUCUCUCCUGGAAUGUUGUACCAAAUGCUGGCAUUCUACCUCUUGUAACAGGAUCAGGACAUGUGUCUGUACCUUUCCCAGAUACCUAUGAAACAACAAAAAGUUAUUAAAUUAUAGUACUGAAUCAUAAGCAAAAUAUUUUUAUACUUGUAUAUUGUGGAUACAUUUUAUGGCAGUUUCUUCUUGCAUCCCAUGCAACUUUUCACUGAAUGAAACUUAAUUUCCUCAGGAUAGUAGCAUAGGAAAAGGAAAUGAAAAUUCAGGGUUUUUUUUUUUUUUCAGUAAAACAUUGAAGCUGAAACUUAAGGGAAAGGUAAAUUGCAGAGUAAUGGUUUUGAGGGGGGAAACAGAGGAUUUUUUUUUUCUUGGCCAUUUAAGUAUAGAUCUCCUUUUCUUUUAAAUAAAUAUUUUUAAACCAGAA